CAACACAUCCUGAUAACUAGCUCCUAUCACACAGAGAGCAGAGGAUGGCAGUGCUGGGGGCUGCUACGUACAUCAACACUGUUCAGCCAGGGUCUUCUUCAUGCAAUGCAAAACUUGGAUAUAUGAGGAGCAGGCUAGAACUCUAGGGGGUCCAGCCGUCAGUUUGCAUCCAGCAUUGCAUCUGCCUCUAUACUCCAGUCUGUCAUUGCUUUGCUGCAUGUUGCUGUAGAGAACAUACUUUAAGGAUUUUCGGUAAAGCUGCUGCUUGGGGGGAGGGUGGAGAUGAGCAGAGCAAGCAGCAGAUACUUCUUCUUCUUCUUCUUCAUCUCAGCAGCAUGAGAGGAGGAGCUGGUCCCUUCUGCAAAGUGAGGAAGGUGGACGUGUCUGUGGAGCUCUAAGGAGACACAGUGAGGCUGGGCGUUAGCUCUUGUGCCACCUGGGAGGGUGCUAUGAGUGGAGUCUCUGGGGAUCUCUGUGGAGCCCAGUUCCUUGUGAGAUCUGGGUGGUAGGUGUGAAACGAUCAGUUGGGUGCUAGGGUCCAAUGGGGGUGUGAGCUCAGGGGAGGGAUGAGGGGUGUGUACAUUUCGGGGAGUUACCUUUUUUAGAGUUGCAGUAAUCAGGGUGUGAGAUAGAGGGAGUGUGGUGAGUCAGGUGUGAGAAGCCCACUUGGGUGUGAGCUAUGUGGAGUCAAUGGUGAAUGAUCUAGUUGCGUGCGCUUUCAGGACCUCUAGAGUGAAGACUUCAGCUGGGUGGGUUCUCAGUGGAGUCCACAGUGAUAACCUCCGCUGGAUAUGAUCUCUGGCGAGUCAGCUGGGAGGAAUCCACUUGUGCGCGAUCUUCUGGGAGUUCGCUGCUUGUGAGCUGUGCGCAAAGGAAGCGCAGUAACGCCAGUGGGCGAGCAGAUCGGAGGCUGAGUGCCCUCUCUGCCAUCCUGGGUGGGGAGGGCUAGAGAGAGACCUAGCAGGGCAGCGAGCUCCUGGGUUCACAAGGAUGGUGGUAGGAAAUGCCUGGAGACAGGGAGCAGGAGAUCUGUAUGAAAGCACUGACACUGGUGGCGGAUCUGUGCUAUAGUGGCAUUGUGGAGAACGAGAACUGCCUGGACUUCAUUUACUAUCAGAGGGAAAGAGCCAGACCUCGCCUCCCAGACUCAGAUGUCUCUGUGAGCUUGCUGUCUCUGUUGGUAACGGCCUGCGGACUUGCCCUCUUUGGUGUGUCUCUUUUUGUCUCGUGGAAACUGUGCUGGAUUCCUUGGCGGGAACGUGGCCUGAAAGGGAGCAAAGAACACGAGCACCUGAAUUAUACGGACAGUGACACAAAUGAGCAUGACUACAGUGAUAACUAUCUGGGGCAGCCUCCUCUAUUCCCGGAGUCAUCCAUGAAGAUCAGCCACACCUCCCCCGACAUCCCAUUAGAAGCCAAGACCAGUACUAAGGAGAAUUGCAGUCACCAUGUCCGAAUGCAUCGGCAAAUCACCGAACCAACCUCAUCUGCUCGACACAAUUCGAUCAGAAGGCAACUGAACCUUUCAAACCCAGAUUUCAACAUCCAGCAGUUUCAGAAGCAGGAGCAGCUGACGGGUAUUGGCCGCAUCAAACCUGAACUCUACAAACAGAGGUCGGUGGAGACCGACGAUGGUCGCAGAAACAAUAGCAAGUCUUGUGGAAAGCUCAACUUCAUCAUUAAAUAUGAUUGUGACUUGGAAAAACUUAUAGUAAAGAUUCACAAGGCAGUCGGCCUGCCAGCAAAGGACUUCUCAGGAACGUCAGAUCCUUACGUGAAGAUUUAUUUACUUCCGGAUCGGAAGACCAAACACCAGACUAAGGUCCACCGGAAGACCCUAAAUCCGGUGUUUGAUGAGGUUUUUUUAUUCCCCGUCCCCUAUAACGAGUUGCCAAGCAGAAAACUCCACUUCUCGGUUUAUGACUUUGACCGGUUCUCCAGGCACGAUGUCAUCGGUCAGAUCAUAGUGGAUAAUUUUUUAGACUUGGCAGAUUUUCCCAGGGAAAGUAACAUCUGGAGGGAUAUUGAGCAUGUCACCAAUGAUAAUGUUGACCUUGGUGACUUGAUGUUCUCGCUCUGCUACCUUCCUACGGCGGGAAGACUCACCAUCACCAUCAUAAAGGCAAGAAACCUGAAGGCCAUGGAUAUUACAGGGGCAUCUGAUCCUUAUGUGAAGGUGUCGAUAAUGUGCGACGGGAGAAGGCUGAAGAAAAGGAAAACAUCCACAAAGAGGAAUACAUUGAACCCAGUUUAUAAUGAAGCCAUAGUAUUUGAUGUCCCGCCAGAAAAUAUUGAUCAGAUCAGCUUGUUAAUAGCAGUGAUGGAUUACGACCGUGUAGGUCACAAUGAGGUCAUCGGGGUGUGUCAAGUAGGCAACGGCGCAGAGAGUCUGGGCCGGGAGCAUUGGAGCGAAAUGCUGUCGUAUCCUAGAAAACCCAUCGCCCACUGGCAUCCACUUGUGGAGUGGUCUGCUCAAACUGCAGCGACUGGAAAUGGUUCAUGCAAUUCUCUGAAGGGUCCACCAUCUCCGUGAAGGAAGGUACAGAAGUCACAUGAAGCUCAAGGAAUAUUAAGAAGUGCCGGCUUCACGCACCACUUGCGUUGCCUCAUGCCGGGGGGAAAGAGUCUGGACACCAGAGGACAUAAUGAGGGAUAUGUAUGAAAACUGGUGUCCAGGACGAAGGUGUUAUAACCCGUAGCAACCAAUCCCAUUUUAGCUGUGAUUUUUAUAGUAGUGUAUCCAAAAUGAAAGCAAAUCAAUAUCUUAUUGGUUGCUAAGGGUUAUAGCAAAUUUUUCCUGUGCGCCAGGUUUUAAAAAUGUUUCCAGAUGUGUUUUUUUUUGUUAUUUGGUUUUGAUGCCUCCCCAUUCUUUCCUAAUAAGGACUUCACUAGAUUUGGAAUGUUAUUCAAUGGCAUGCUGCUUAGUUUCACACACGUACCCUGCCCACAUGACAUAUUUUUGUAUGGCCCGUAUUGGUUUACUAUAAUAACAUUGGUUCAUGCUACGUCCACAGGUAACAUUAUAUUUUUCAGUUUUCUAAAUUCAGUAUGUUCUGUUCAGUAUGAAGUCCUCCUGAUUGUUUUCAUGAUAGUAAAAGUUCCCUUGGCCAAUGAUGUUUGCAAUGUCCGCGAGAGUCAUUUACUAAUAUAGAUGCCAGCUCACAAAUGCACAAACAAUGUGUCGGCAAUUGACUUUGGUCUAAUGCAAGCUAAACGUACUGCACUGCGCAUCUCUGCGUCUGUGUUAGUAAAUGGCACCUACAGGAGAUGAUUCUCUAGCCUCACGCGACAUUGAAAGCUUGUCCUGAUAUACUGUGUUGUAGUUGGUGCAUGUAUCAUCCUCAUGUGAGAAAUGAAAGAAAAUAUUCUGUACCGUUACAAAUUUUCCUAAAUUUUAUAUAAAGUGUCAAUCUUAUAAACACAA